GUACCAUGACAAAUACACAACACAUUUAAUUAUAUUCAACAUUGAAUCAUUGAUGUUUUACCUGACUGGGCUUAUUAAUCGUUUGUAUAGGGUACCUAGAUAAGAAACCUCUUAUUACACGAGGUGUAGGGAAAGAGCGAACUGGAGUCACGAACUGUCUAUGUUGGAGGCAAGGGAAGGCACGAUGCUUCAAAAGCAAACACGACUUCCCUAUCCAAUAUUUAAACCUGGAUUCUUCAAUGGAAUUUCUCAAACUAACUUUUUCAACCAUCGCUGUUACUCACCGAGACUAAAACAUCGAAAUCAAAUUAAGUUCGACCCUUCAUCAAAAUCCUUCCGUAUUAAAUGCUGAUCAUGCAUUUAUUUACCUUCUGGGCAACAAGCAUUACUCUGUCAUGUUUCUGUGACUUGGCAUUGUCAAAAGCGGUUGAAGAUGAUACUUUGCAUCGAGAUGUUGUUGUCAUUGGAGGAGGCGCGUCGGGAACAUACACUGCUGUUAGACUGAAAGACGAGAACAAGACAGUGGCAGUCAUCGAGAAGAAGAGUACUCUGGGUGGACAUGCUGAGACUUACGUUGAUCCCCACACUGGUUAUACUAUCGACAUCGGCGUGCGUCUUUUCAAUCACUUAAAGGUAGUGACAGACUACUUUGCCAGAUUCGACGUCCCUCUUACCAUUCUAUCCUCGACUGUACAACCCGAAUACAUAGACUUUUCUACCGGCCAGAAUGUGACCUACACCGCACCGGGCCCUGAAGCCCUCGGUGCCGCCUUGGCCGCUUAUCAGACCCAACUCGAGAAGUAUCCCGACUUACAGAAGGGCUUCAAUAUGACCUAUCCCGUGGAGCCCGAUCUGCUAUUGAACUUCGGCGAGUUUGUCACCAAGUACGGUCUAGAGGCUCUCGUGCCUCAGAUAUUCAUCACGAACCAGGGAUAUGCGCCGUUGCUCAACAUCAGUACGCUCUACAUGUUCAAGUACUUCAACGCGGCCCAAGUCAGCAGCUUUUCAGCAGGGUAUUUGACGACCGUAUCUCACAACAUGCAGGAAUUAUACCAGAAGGCCACCACGUUCCUAGGCGACGAUGUCCUUCUCGACUCUGCUGUUCUCUCUAUGAACCGUACAGAUCCUGGCGCUGGCCCUGUGCAAAUUCUCGUCCAAACACCUACGGGCCAGAAGCUCAUUGUCGCGAAGAAAGUCGUCUCCACGAUCCCCCCGCUGCUCGACAACCUGGGUGGAUACGAUCUCGCCUCGGAUGAGACAGCACUGUUUGCCCAGUUCUCGUCGAACGGGUAUUACACUGGACUCCUGAACAACACGGGGCUCAAUUUCGUCGCCUAUAAUUCCGACUCUAGACGUCCAUACAAUGUCCCGGAGCUACCAGGCCUCUACUUGAUGCAGGACAAUCAGGGAUUGACGCAGGUGUACUACGCAAGCCCCACCGUACUCCCUGAUGAUGAGGUCAAGGCGGACAUAUUAGCCAUAGUGCGGCGGGUGCAGGAGGCGAGGGGUGUGGUUGUAGGUGCGGAUGUGGACGUCAAGGGGACACCCGAGUGGCUUGCAUUCUCGAGUCAUGCGCCGUUUAAUCUUGAGGUGUCCAAUAAUGCGGUGAGCGAUGGCUUUUACAAGAAGCUGUUUGAGCUUCAGGGGAAACGGAAUACAUUCUGGAAUGGUGCUGCGUGGCACACACAGGACUCGACCGCUCUGUGGCAGUUCACGGAGGAUUAUGUGCUUCCGAUGAUACUGGCUUCGCUAUGAUGCCUAGGUCCCCGAUUAUCCAGCCAUCUAAGCUACCAGGUAGCUAGCUAGAUUGGUGGCUGGUGUUCUGAAAAGCGGUGUACACAUUCCCAUAGUUAUCGCGUAGUGAUUUGAUCUCAAUUCUAAGAAGUUCACCAGUUUCUGUGGCCUCGAGGCGGUUUAUGUCGUUUACUUAAUGUUAGGCC